AAGAAAAUAAAAAUAAAACAAAAAAGUAGUUAUUGGAGUAGGGGCUUAGGCCCAAAUAAAAGUAAAGUAAGAAACCCUAACAACAAUACUCUUCUCUCCUGCCGCGUUCCUCUCUCUUCGCAGCCGUGAUCUCCCUCGCCGAUCUUCACUCCGAAGUUAUUGCAGACAGCACAAUGUUUCUCAAAGUGCAGCUUCCUUGGAAUGUCAUCAUUGCUGCAGAGAACCUGAAGCCAGGAAGUCUCAUGCUUCAACGGGCAAUCCUCAUCCGCCUUCUAAGCGACUUUGCAGUAAAAAAGGCAACGAAGGAUAUGGGAUACUUCCUUGCAGUGACUACGCUGGAUAAAAUAGGAGAGGGGAAAGUCAGACAGCAUACUGGGGAUGUACUCUUCCCUGUUAUUUUUAAUGCUGUUACCUUUAAGGUUUUCAAGGGCGAGGUGUUAGAGGGUGUUGUCCACAAGGUGCUGAAGCAUGGGGUUUUCCUGCGAAUUGGUCCAAUUGAGAAUGCCUAUCUCUCAAGUAGCAAGAUGCCAGGAUAUGUGUAUGUUCUAGGUGAAAACCCAUACUUCAUGAGUCAGAAAAAUCACAAGAUUGCAAAGGAUGUGGUAGUUCGAGUUGUAGUGAUUGGUACAAAGUGGAUGGAGGCAGAGAGGGAGUUUCAGGCAUUGGUCGGCUUGGAAGGAGAUUAUCUAGGACCAAUUUCAUCCCCUGAUAUGUAGCUAUGUUUUCUUGUAGCAAAACAUUGUAGUCUUAGGUUUCUUAAUGAAAGCAAUUUGCUGUUGGGUUUCAUUGUUUUGCUUUCUUGGUCUCUAAAUCAUGGAACCCAUUAAUCAACUUAAAUGCAGUGGGGUUUAGUCUGUAAAUAAAAGAUUUGUUAUGUAGUAUAUGCCUAUUGUUCUGUAAUGUGAUCACUCUUUAUCAUUUGACUAUACACUGUUUACUUAA